CCGGUAAUGUAGUUACUUUAAGAGUAGCUUUUAGUGGGGGGUAAUCGUGGUUUAUUAGUAAGCGGACAGGUGGAAACGAACAUCAUGAUAUUAGAGCACAUUAUUAGUUUGCGACCGUCCUCCGGCGCGACCGGUUUCACAGUGUCGACCCACUUCCGAUUCAAUUACAUAUAUUUAUCUUACCCGGUCAAAGUGACUUUAUAUGUGAGAAAUUUUCUACACAUCUAGUUUCCUUCUCAAUACGAUCUUCGAGAUCAGAUGUGGAAUCCGGAAUUUACUUGGAAUUUACGCAACAGUUUUUUUCGCGGUCAAAGAAUAUCUCUAAGUACAAUAUUUUAAACGCUAAUGCUAUAUUAUUAUUUAUAAUUAUUUGAAUGACUUUGGAAAUUUAAAAUUACCACUUAAAACAUAAGGAAAACAUAUUCAAAUUUAUCAUCCCUCGUUACAUGUAAAAGAAAAAUAAACAUAAGUAAAAAGGCUUGGCGAUAUGGCCAGCCGAUUGUGGAAGGCGUUGUCCCGAAGACGGAUAGAUGAAAAUCUUGAGGAUAAAAGCGAACUAGCUCGAGUUUUAGGCUUAUUCGAUCUCACAGCACUUGGCGUGGGUUCGACUCUUGGCCUUGGUGUUUAUGUCCUUGCUGGUAGCAUUGCCAAAGAGACGGCUGGUCCAGCCGUCUGCAUUUCUUUUCUCAUUGCAGCUAUCGCUUCCGCGUUUGCCGGGAUGUGUUAUGCAGAAUUUGCUUCCAGAGUUCCGAAAGCAGGAUCAGCAUAUGUUUACAGUUAUGUAACAGUAGGAGAAUUCAUUGCCUUUAUUAUAGGAUGGAAUUUAAUUUUGGAGUAUAUAAUAGGUACAGCAAGUGUCGCCCGAGGACUUAGUAAUUAUUUGGAUGCCUUGAUAGGAAAUGUAAUAAGUAAAACAUUGCAUUCUGUAAUGCCUAUAAGCGUUUCGUUUUUAUCAGAAUAUCCAGACUUCUUUGCGUUCACUGUAGUAAUACUUCUCAUAAUAUUGCUAAGUAUAGGCGUGAAAGAAUCGUCAAUUUUAAAUAAUAUAUUCACUGUAAUAAACUUGAUGACCAUUUUAAUAAUCAUAGUUGCAGGAUCUAUUAAAGCUGAUCCAGCUAAUUGGGGAAUAUCGAUAAAUGAUAUACCACAAUCAGAACAACAACAUGCAGGAUCAGGAGGUUUUAUGCCCUUUGGUAUAAGCGGAGUGAUGGUCGGGGCAGCAAAAUGUUUUUAUGGUUUCGUAGGAUUUGACGCUGUUGCAACUACUGGCGAAGAGGCUAAAAAUCCUCAACGCAACAUACCUAUAGCCAUUGUAGUUUCUUUAAUUAUAAUUUUAAUGGCUUAUUUUAGUAUUUCGACUGUAUUAACUAUGAUGUGGCCUUAUUAUGACCAAAAUGCCGAUGCACCGUUUCCAUAUGUAUUCGAUAAAAUUGGAUGGCCUACUGUUAAAUGGAUUGUCAAUAUCGGUGCAGCAUUUGCGUUAUGUACAAGUUUGCUCGGAGCCAUGUCCUUACCUCGAAUACUUUAUGCUAUGGGUAAUGAUGGGAUAAUUUUUAAACGACUUGCAAACGUACAUCCGAAAACGAUGACACCUAUUUUCGGUACAGUGGUUUCUGGUUUAUUCACGGGAAUUAUGACACUUAUUUUUAAUCUUCAACAAUUAAUUGACAUGAUGUCUAUUGGAACGUUAUUAGCAUAUACGAUCGUAGCAAUAUCCGUUUUAAUAUUAAGAUAUCAAGGAAAAGAAUGUAUGUCAAAUACUCAGUCUAUUACACAAAUAGAUGGUUAUAAGUUAACACCACUCAACAUUUUAAAACAAAUUGUCAAUUUGCAGAAUCAAAAAGAAGUAACUGAGAUGUCUAUUAAAGUUGCAAAAUACAGUAUUGCAAUUUUAUGUGUCGUUAUAUUUAUUACUGCAUUUUUCAUUAAUUACGUUGAUACCGAAGUAUUUGGCAAGAAUGUAAUAGAAUCUGUGAUAUUAAUAGUACUUGUAAACAUAUUAUUAUUAAUCAUAAUUAUUAUUGCAAGACAACCUGCUCAUGAAAUUGAUCUAGCAUUUAAGGUACCAUUAGUCCCACUUCUUCCAUGUUGCAGUAUUUUUAUAAACUUAUAUUUGAUGUUGCAAUUAGAUGCUUUCACUUGGAUCAGAUUUUCUAUUUGGAUGGCUAUUGGUCUUACUAUUUAUUUCUUUUAUGGCAUAUCUCAUAGUGAACAAGGAAAAAAAAAUAAAAUUGAAGCUGAAAUGAUAAAACGAAAAUAUGCUGACCAAGUUAGAAUUGUAACCAGAUUCUAAUAAUAACAUUCUUGCUACGUGAUAUUUUUUUUGUACAUUUAAAUAAAAAUUUGCUCUAUGAAAAAGAUCUUAGAUAUUACAUAUGUGAUUAUUACGAUAAUUUAAAAAAUAAUAUUCGUGAUGUUAUUUUAUCUUUUUAAUAGAUUUAAAAUAUUAAAAAAAGAAUAUAUUUUAAUUAUACGAAUUAUUUUUUAUAUAUUAUUUUAGAACAAAAUUUUUAGUAUAGAAUUUUUUUGAAUUCAAAAUGUAUCUUUUUGACAAAUGACAAAUAUACAUUGUUACACA